AAGAACAACUUCUCACCAUAGUCGGCUUUGAAUCAGAAAAACAGUGGAGAGGAACGCUAGCUCAUGUCAGAAACUAGGGCAAAAGUGGUUUCCCUCUGGGUCUGGGAUGAUACUGAGAUACUGGGCUAUCCUUCCUUUCCAACAGGAACAAUAUGGCAUGUGUGUAAAGCUUCUGAGACUGGAGCAUUAAUGCUCUUCAUUCCCUGCUCUGUGUAGUGCUGCUGCUGUUACCACUGUGAGGAACUUAAGAGCAGUGCAGAGCACACAGCCUCAAGUAACAGCACUUGCUCCAUUGCAGUAACAAGCGACUUGUGGCCUUAGUGCCAAAUGACACUUCAUUCAACACCAGACGAGCCUACACCAGUGAAGAUGAAGCCUGGAAGUCGUAUUUGGAGAAUCCCCUAACAGCAGCUACCAAGGCUAUGAUGAGCAUAAAUGGUGAUGAGGACAGUGCUGCUGCUCUUGGCCUAUUGUAUGACUAUUAUAAAGUUCCCAGAGAUAAAAGGCUGUUGUCUGUUAACAAAGUGAGUGAUAAUCAAGAAGACCAAGAUAAAAGAAAUUGUCUUAAUACCACGGAAGCUCAGAAUAACUUGAGUGGGGGAGAGAACCGUGUGCAAGUCCUGAAGACAGUGCCAGUUAAUCUCUCCUUGAACCAAGAUCCUUUGGAGUCGUCCAAAAGGGAAUACAACACAAAUGUGUCUGGGAGCUCAACGCCCAUCACAGGGACCGCAGUGACUGUGGUUAAAGCAGAAGAAUUCACACCUGUUUUUAUGACCCCACAAACACACUAUGCAAGAGGAGAAAACGAGGAACACCGAGGAGUUAUCUUUGAACCAUAUGAAGUGUCCAACAUUGCUCCCCACACAAAUUAUCUCAAAGAUGACCAGCGCAGUACUCCUGACAGUACCUACAGUGACACCUUCAAAGAUGGAGGAACAGAAAAGUAUCGGAGUGUGUCAGUGGGGGCUGAAGAAUAUAUUUAUGAACAAACAAGCAGCACUUUUCAGUAUACGCUAGAAGCUACCAAGUCUCUGCGUCAAAAGCAAGGGGAAGGACCCAUGACCUACUUGAACAAAGGACAGUUCUAUGCCAUCACCCUGAGUGAGACGGGUGACAACAAAUGCUUCCGGCACCCCAUCAGCAAAGUCAGGAGUGUGGUCAUGGUUGUUUUCAGUGAGGAUAAAAACAGAGAUGAACAGCUGAAAUAUUGGAAGUACUGGCAUUCCCGGCAGCACACAGCUAAACAGAGAGUCCUUGACAUUGCUGAUUACAAGGAGAGUUUUAAUACCAUUGGGAAUAUUGAAGAAAUUGCAUUCAAUGCUGUGUCCUUUACUUGGGAUGUCAAUGAGGAGGCAAAGAUUUUCAUCACAGUGAAUUGCUUGAGCACAGACUUCUCCUCACAAAAAGGAGUAAAAGGGCUUCCUUUGAUGAUUCAGAUCGAUACUUACAGCUACAACAACCGCAGCAAUAAACCUAUCCACCGAGCCUACUGCCAGAUCAAGGUUUUUUGUGACAAGGGAGCAGAAAGGAAAAUCCGAGAUGAAGAGAGAAAGCAGAACAGGAAGAAAGGCAAAGGCCAGGCAUCCCAAGCCUCAUGUAAUAACACAGCUGAAGGGAAGUUGAGUGCACUCCCUCUGCAGAAAAAGAGUGAUAUCACCUUCUUCAAAACAAUGGCUGACCUGGAUUCCCAGCCAGUUCUCUUCAUACCUGAUGUUCACUUUGGAAACCUACAAAGAACUGGACAGGUUUACUAUAAUACAGAUGAUGAGAGAGAAGGUAGCAGUGUCCUGGUCAAAAGGAUGUUCCGGCCUGUGGAGGAAGAGUUUGGUCCCUCCCCUUUGAAACAAAUCAAAGAAGAAGGUCUGAAAAGAGUGCUUUUGUAUGUGAGGAAGGAGACAGAUGAGGUGUUUGAUGCUUUGAUGCUGAAAUCACCCACAGUAAAGGGGCUAAUGGAAGCUAUCUCUGAGAAAUAUGGGCUGCCAGUUGAAAAGAUUGCAAAACUUUAUAAGAAGAGCAAAAAGGGUAUCCUGGUAAACAUGGAUGACAACAUUAUUGAGCACUACUCCAACGAGGACACGUUCAUCCUGCACAUGGAGAACAUGGUUGAAGGCUUCAAGAUCACACUGACAGAGAUCUAGCCUCAGGCAGAGCCUUUUUGUAAGGAACCACAGCAUUUCAUUCUUCUUGGAAAGCAGAAGAUUCCCCGUGAACUUGACAGAUGUUGAUCAGAGAAACUGUUACAAGACUGCAUUGAAAAUAUUGUCCAUUCUGCACAUGUGCACCCACUGCAUACAGACUUGGGUUUGUCAAGCACAAGGCCACUCACAUUAACCUGGUCCCUUAUUUAUUGUUCCCUACUCUCUAGUGUACAAGCAGUUACCAACCCCCAGAUUUGUAACCAGAUGACCCACUGCAAAUGUGAAAUGCAGCAUUUUAAUCCAUACUUCAGUGUGGAUAAGCUCAUUCUAAAACAUGUUAAGUAACUAUGCUGGUCUAGUUUCAGAAAUCUGGUAUAAAUCACUUUACCAGUAGUUGUCUCCGUCAUUGCUAAAAAUCUGUUGCAGUGCUAAAGAUGGGGAAAGUGGCUGACAGUUCACUUGCUCAGAUUGAUCCAUAUCUCUCUAUACUGUACAGUCUUGCCAAAUACCUCUGGUAGUUCUCAGCACGUAGCAAUGAGGACUUGUAAGUAAGGCAUUCAGCUACAAAUGUCACUUGUAAGUAAAUGGUAAAGAAACCAUUUUAACCUUGUAUAUAAUGUUUAUAAUAUGCAAUAAUAUAUUUUAACUACUGUAUGUGGGCAUGUUUACUGCCUCUAUGUUUUUGUAUGUAUUUGGUUUAGGGUUUAAUAGAAUCUUUCCUAGAGGAGUAAAUCGCUGCAAUCUGUUAAGGAGUGUAUACUGAGAAGCUGAUAACUGAAUCUGUACUCAUAUGCUCCAUCCUCACUUACACAGUUAUAUAUUGAAAUAUUAGAGCAGACUCUGCUACCAGGGGUUGGAUGCUCUGGUACAAUGGGGCCCACCUUAGGUGCCCAAGUCCCAGCUGUAGAUACCUGAGUGUCCCAUGCAGCCGUAACAAAAUUCAAGAGACACCGUGUGUCUGCUGCCUGGUUUGCCUAGAGGUACAGAAAGGAAUUCUUCCUGGUCGUCUUCCUUUGAUGAAGUGGAGGCUCUUAAAGUGUCCUUUUCUCAAACCUGUGGUGGGAAGGUUCUUUCCGCAGCAGCCGGUACAUCAAAGCAUUUCUCUAGACUGUAAGAAACAGGACUUCAAACUCUUCCUCUUAAGUGUACUUGCUCUUGUAUUUCCAUUGAAUGAUUCUGUUGUGAUUCCUAGGACACUAGGACAUAGAAGCCUGGGCUUGGUAUAAAUAGUUUAUCAAAACUGGAACAAUUUUUCCAGUGGAGAGUAAGUAUCCGACAACUGAGGUGUGGAGAUAGGUCUCUCUCUCAAGGGCUGCAUCUGAAUCCAAGUUGAACUGCAUGGUUAUUCCAUCAGAUUCCACGCCUGCCUUAUGAAUUCUGUGAAGAAAUAAAGUUGUGCAGGCUAAAAUCAUACCAGGAAAGGGGUUAAAGGCCUGAAUGUCCCUAUGACAUCCAAACCCAGCACCUCUCUCUCUCCGUUCCAGCUCCUCUGCCUAUUGUAAAGAGCUCCUCAUGCAGCAUAUAAUUCCAUGAGUUUCAGCUGCAUUUUUUUCUCUAUGCACUAUACAUGGAUCCUGUGUGACAGACAGAAGUGUGGGUCCUUUCCUACAUGCAGCUUUUAGAAUUUAUUCUUUUCCUUCUGAAACCUUUUCUCCUUUAGAACCUUUAUUUUUAGGUGGUUAAUGGCAGAAAGAAACACUGCCUAGUAUAACAGGGCUCACGUAGUGUUUUGAGCUGUGUGGAGGUAUUUACAUUCAAGCAAAGUAGCUGGGGUAACUGACCAGUCUGAUUUGGCCAUAUCUGCAUGAAUUAUCCUGCAAGUUCUUGCACACUUCCUUAACUUCAAGUAGCAUCCCAUUAAAAUCUCUACUUCUGUUAGAAAUGUUAGAUACAUGUCAAGGUUUCUGUGGGACCAGAAACUAUAAAAGGUUCAGGCUGGUAGUGUCAGGGCUAGCAUCCAGAAUCCACAUAUGCCUGUAGAGCAAAGUGUGUAUCCUGUCUUUCUCCUGCCCUUUUCUUUUGGUAUGCACUCUUUCUCCUGAUGCAGAAUUCUGUAGUAAUGUCCUUAACUUUAUAUAAAAAUGCACUCCAGAAAAAUGCUCUUGCUACCCUGCUCAAGAGCAAACAUCCUGGGAAUACAAGAGAUUUAAGAUUGUUCCAUUUGUUUCUACUUGGCUCAGACUGAGAUGAAAAGUCUAUGCUGAUUUAUCCCAGAUACUUUUUUCCUAAAGGAAAAAAAGAGGACAGUUUGGACAGGAGGCAUUAGGAACUGGGACCAGCAUGCAGGACUGCUGAGCAAUACUGUUAGUUCUUGUAUUUCUAUGUUGGUGUUUAGAAUCCUCAGAAUAUCAGCUAGGAUCUCUCAGCUGGUCAAGAUGUCUGGGCAGAAGCUGCAGGUUAAGCGUAGGAGUAAAUGUAUGCAGGAGUUGAGCCUUGGUUCUGCCCCCAACAAGCCUGCUGUCCAAGGGAAUGCCUGGGGCUGGCCUGGGUUGGAAUGUGCUGUGUUAUGAAAGGACAGUGAGAAUUCAGGCAUCACAGAGAAGGACAGGCUGUCCUGGCAGCACCAGCACUCAGGUUAAUGGGAUGUUGUUGUCUUACACUUGGGUGGAGAUGAGCUGAGAUCGGUUGGGUGCUGCAGCAUCCUCUGAUGAGGAGCAGUGCAGGAUCAGUGAGAAGUGCAAUGCUCCAGGAAUACUGGGGCUUAAGGAACUAUCUUUCCAUUGUCAUUUUAGCAGCUUUCAGUCAGCCACUAUCCAGAGAAGGAAAGUUGCUUCCAAGAUUAACUGAAAGCUAUUCUAAAUACAUUUUAAAGUGUGCAAAUUCCUGAUAGUAGAAAGCUGAUACUCCUGACUUUAGUUCCUUCUUACAGUCUCAAUGAAGUUAUCAGGAAGGCAACUAGAUUGGUGGUAAGAUUAUUUU